AUGGAGGCGGGCCUGAAGAGCCGCCUCGAGAGACUGAGCUCGCUAAACUCCCCCGAGUUCUUGCGCCACAGCGCCUCCUCCGCCCGCUUCGCGACCCUCUACGCCUCGGGCUCGCGCCCUUCGCAGCCAAAGCGGUGCGUGGAUGGCAGAAGGCGGGAACCGGCGCGAGACGCUUUUUUUUUUUUUUUUGCUGUUGGAAUAACGGUCUCUCUCGCCCGCGGCGGCGGCGGCGGCAGCGGCAGCGAAACAGGUGGGACCGACCGUCUGACGGAGGACACGAAUAAAGUUUACCAGUCCAUGAUGGAUGAGAAAAUAAGACUUCAACAAAAACCUCUGAUUUCCCGUCUCGAACAUGGACCAAAAGACACCAAAAUACCACAUAUGGAGAAAGGAAAAUUUGUCAAGCCUGAACAAAUUUCUAGUUCUGAAGAAAAUGAAAACCUACUAGAAUUCCCUGCUUCCGAUCUUCGCACAGCUGUUUACAGGAGGACAGACACUACAAGAAAGCACAAAAUAAAAACGGAAGAAAAAAUUGGUUUCGAAUAUAUUUUCUCAAGAAUACAUAAGGACAAAGCAAAAUUAAUUGUUGAUCAACAUGCUGAUAUGAUACAAUGGCCUCAGACCAGGAGUUUGGAAGAUUUUAAUUUGAAAAAAAUGACCACAGAAAAACUUCCUAUAAUUUCUUCUCAUGAAAACUCUGAUUAUAUUGUUAGUGAAAAUGAAGAUGAUAAUAAAAAGACAGACAGUCAAGCUGUUUCAGCACAGUUAAGUUGCCAUACAAGGACUUGCAUGAAAUUUCAGUUUGGUGGUGAACACAAACCUUCCAGGGUGAGAAAAUCUCCUUCAUAUGAUAAAACUGGUCCCAUUAAUGAUGAUGCCAUCUUGCAUAUUUUGAGACUCAGAGAUAAACUUAGCUGGCAGACAUUAUUACCACCUUGUGAAUUUGUUAAAUCAAAAGAUGUGGCUAAAUUUCGGAAGAUCCCAUUACUGGAUGACACAUUAAAGAAAGAUGAUGGAGAAUACAUAUACUGUCUUAUAAGAAGUAGGGAUGAUCCCAAAGCAACCUACAAUCCAUAUGAUCUUCAAGUAGUCUCUGCAAAUAUGGCUAGACAAAGUAAAGAAUAUUGGACUAUUAGUGCCUCAUAUGUAUCCAAGUUCACUUCCGUGUGUGGAAAACAAGAAAUGGAAAUAAGUCCAGUAAUGGAAUGGUUAUAUGAAAGGCAACUUUAUAAUGUGUUACAUAGCAUGGAUUUAUAUUUUAAUUUCAGAAAAAAGAAAUAUUUUAUCCUCUGGAAAAAUAUUGUUAAGUAUUUAAAAACAAAAAGAAACCAAAUGAUAUUGUAUAAGCAACUAUUUUCUGCUGAUGAGAUAUUGCAAAGUUGCUUACUUUAUCUCCAAACCUCGUGUGUAGAUGCGAGUAAUCCAGAAAAGCCCAGAUCAUCUGAAAAAACAACUAUAAAUUUCAUAAAGAUAAAUACGUCUUAUACAUACACAUUGGAUAAAUUUUGUGAGGAACAAUAUCAACAGAGUCAACAUGCUUUAUCUCAACUCCAAGCUUUUAAAGAUAAAGUAGUAAAAGUAAUUAAGGCCUGCUUUUUAAAGGUGGCAAAAAUGAAGGGAGCAGAAACACUUUUUCAGCAUUCACUGCAUGAUUUCAAAGAGAAACCAAAAUACUUUGAGAUAGCUGAAUGGCGGCACGUUAUGGAACGCUUUUCUAAGUUUCUUAAGCUUGUAGAUAGAAUCUUUCAAGAAUUUCUUCGCAGAUUGGUAAACAAUGCCUUAAAUACUCUUUUGGAGAUAUUUAAAGGUUCCAGUAAUAUGACUAUUUCAAAAAGGAAGACAAAUGAAAGCCUUAUGAGAGCAUAUAAAGUUACAAUUGAUAAAGCACUUUGCUUAUUGACUGAAAAUAGAUGCCAGUGGGUAUAUGAAAAUGAGCAUUUUGAAGGCACUCAGAAAUUAUUGCACCGUUCAAAGGAAUCAGAAGCACAACGUGAAAUUGUUACUGUCAGUGAUAUAGACAAGAUCCUAGAAGAAGUGAAAAGAGAACUAAAAGGAGAAGAGGAAUAUUCCCCAAUAUUUGAAAUAAAUAUUUGUCUGAGAAUUCCCUAUGAAAAGGAACAUCGUAGAAAAUAUUACCAAGAUGAUGAUGAUUAUAUUACAGAAUCUUCAGCAGAAUCUUUGAAAGAAAUAUUAGACUUUGAUGAAGUUUUGAACAGCUCAUCUUUUGAAGAUGAUAGCCAACAUGAAGAAAAAUCAGAAAGUACUACAGAAGAUUUGGGUACCUUCAGGAAUGAAGAAAAAUUAAAGCCAUUGAGAAAAGAAAAAGGGGCCAUCUCUGAUUCAAAUAAACAACUAAUCGCAUAUGAGAGCUCUCUACAGUUCUCUACAGAUGUAUCACUGAUUCCUAACAGAAAAACAUUUUCCAUACAAUUACAAGGGAUUGUAGAUGGAUUAGAAAACAUCAUUGAUCAAGUUACACCAUUUUCUCAGGAUUCUCGGCUUUCAAUCUUCAUUGAUCAGUCUUUACAUAAAAUAAUGCAGCAAUGUGAAGAUUACAUAGAUUUUGAACCAGGACAUUAUCAAUCAACAUGGCCAAACUGUGAUCUCAUUCUUGGGACAGAUCCAGAUUACCAAAACAAAAUUCUGGACCUUCUCUCUCUUCAGAGUUCUUCACUGGCCCGAAUAGAAUCUUACAGCAGAAACUUUAUGGAAUAUUGCAGUAUGGUAGAUAAAGCAAAAUAUACAAAUGACAAAAUAAUAGCAUUGCAAAGAGAGAUGACUACAAAGGAGUUUAGAAAUAUACUAGAAAAUUAUACAGUUGAUGUAAAGGAGAUUGUAUGUAUGCUUAUUGAGAAACGCAUCUCUCUGUUUAGAGUAAACAGUUUGAACUUUCAGACAGACUGCCUGCCAUAUUUUGAGGGUCUGCUUAAGACUAUUUAUUUUAAAUUUUAUGCAUCAAUUGAUACAAAGAAUGUACAUCUUGUUGAAGUCACCCAGUCAGCGGUAGCGAAGCUGAACAAAGAACUAGUAACAGUGGAUGGCUUUGUUGAACAUUUGCUAUAUCUUCAGGAAAUUUCCUCACAACUACCAAAUAUAAAGGUUGAAUAUCACUAUCUUUCUGAGCUCCACUUCAUUGCAAAUGAUUAUAACAUCUUUCUCCCACAUCAGCAGCUUGCUCUUUAUCAAACUGUUGUGCGAACACUCCAGAAUCUUCAAUCAACUAUCCUUAUCUGUGAAAAACUGAAGGAUGAUUAUGUUAUAAAGUUUAAUGAAAGUUUGGGAGAAUUUAUGGAUAAUUUACAGGUUGAAAUGAAAGAAUACAAAAGCAAGGUGAGAAAUCCUGUCCUCCUCCUUAGUGAAACUCUGCCUAAGACAGCUAAAGAAAUGAUUGGAAAUCUUAUUGAAGAAGCAGGAAUUAUCAGUGAGAAAAUUUUAAAUUAUGCAAAUUACCAGCAUGUGCUUGAUGGUGCCAUUGGUGACAUGAAAUCAUUGUCUGUGGAAAAACUGUCUCACAGAAGUCAGGCUGGAGAUUCUCAGAGAGUGCAUGCUGAACUCUCAGAAAUUGAAGGUGAACUACAGUUACGUAAAUUGUUAUGGGACUCACAUGAAGAUUGGGCAAAACUUAUCUUUAAGUGGAAACACACAAUCUUUUGGAAUCUUGAUGUAGAUGUAAUUCAAAGUGAGGUUAACCGAUUCAUGCAGAGAAUUCAUAUUCUUGAAAAAGGCUUGCCAGAAAAUACUAUUUUACCCAUUAUGAAGAAAUCAUUGAUGGAUUUUAAGGAAUCUUUGCCUAUAAUCAUAGCUUUAAGGAAUCCUAGUCUUCAGCGAAGGCAUUGGGAAACAAUACAGAAUAUUGUUGGAGAGUCAAUUUCUUGGGAUAAAAGACUUACUCUGGAGAAGAUCCUGGAACUCAAUAUGUUUCAGCAUAGAAAAGAUAUUAAUGAAAUAUCCAUAAGAGCUUCCAAAGAAACAACUCUUGAAGUAAUGUUGAAAAAAAUCAUUGGCCUUUGGCAAAAAACUGAUUUCCAUUUAUGUCCCUAUUACACUGAAACAUCUAGUAUUUGUAUUAUUUCAUCUGUGGAAGAUAUAACUACUCUGUUAGAAGAGUCUCUGAUGACAAUCUCAACCAUUAAAAGUUCUUGUUUUGUUGAACCAAUUAAGAAUCUUGUUUAUGCUUGGGAUCAUAAGUUAAACCUCAUUUCCUGUACUCUGGAGGAAUGGUUAACUUGUCAGAGACACUGGAUUUAUCUGGAGCCAAUCUUUCAGGCUCCAGAAAUAAAAAGACAACUUCCAGGAGAAGCCAGUCUCUUCUCUGUAGUUGAUAACAAAUGGAAAGAACUCAUGACAUUUGCAGCAGAGAAUCCAAAUGUUACUAAAGCAACUACAACAAGUGGAAUUCUUGAAAUACUGCAGAGCAACAAUGCAUCACUAGAAAAAAUACAGAAGGCUCUUGAGGAAUAUCUUGAAGUUAAACGUAUGAUUUUCCCAAGAUUUUAUUUUCUCAGCAAUGCGGAACUCCUUGAAAUAGUAGCUGAAAGUAAAAGUCCUGAUGUUGUACAGCCUCAUCUUAUGAAAUGUUUUGCAAAUGUGAGGAAGUUAUAUAUACGGCCGCAACAUCAGACACCUCCAGUGGUUUUAAUGAUCAGAUCUGCUGAAGGAGAGAUUCUUCUAAUACCAAAAGGUGUUCGUAUUAGAGGUUCUGUCGAACAAUGGCUUAAAAAUGUUGAGAAUACCAUGUGCAAUAUGGUAAGAAAGUUUAUAGAAAUUGGAAUUACAGAGUGGAAUCAAAUGGAAUUUAAAGAAUGGUUUUUUACCCACCCAGGACAGGUGAUAUUGAUUGUGAGUCACAUAAAGUUUUCUCAGGAAUGUGAAGCAGCUAUGUUGAGUUCUAAUUCAAAAAAGGAGAUGAUAGAAGACCUGGAUGAUUUGAUCAACAUUCUAGAGCAACUUACAGAGAUAGCAUCAGAUAUUCUUCCCUACCACAAGCAAAGCACUUUAGAAGCUUUGAUUUCUUUGUCUAUCCAUAAUAGAGAUAUAUUAUCUUUACUGAUAGAUCAAGAGAUUGGCAUUAAAGAUUUUGAAUGGACAAGGCAAUUGCGUUACAAAUGGCAUGAAUGCAACCUGUGCACAGUUAUUCAAGGUUAUGCUUCCUUUGAAUAUGGUUAUGAAUAUUUAGGCUGCUCUCCACGAUUGGUUAUCACACCUCUUACUGAUCAAUGUUGGUUAACCAUUACUGGAGCACUGCAAUUAAAUCUAGGAUGCUGUCUUGCUGGGCCAGCUGGUACAGGAAAAACAGAGACAGUUAAAGAUCUGUCAAAAGCUUUGGGAAAAUUCUGUCUUACAUACAAUUGUUCUGGAGAUUUGGAUGAUAAGGUAAUGGGAAAAUUGUUCUUUGGGCUUGUUCAAUCUGGAUCAUGGUGUUGUUUUGAUGAAUUCAAUCGGAUUGAUAUAGAAGUCCUCUCUGCAAUUGCUUCACAUCUUCAGGCAAUUAAGGCAGCUAAAGAUAGCCUCAGUGUCAGAUUUGUACUGGAAGGAAAAGAAAUUCGUCUGAGACUACACUGUGCAAUUUUUAUUACCAUGAAUCCUGGAUACAAAGGUCGUGUGGAACUUCCAGACAACUUAAAAUCAUUAUUUCGUCCUAUGUCAAUGGUUAUACCGGAUUAUGAACUCAUUGCUGAAAUAAUGUUGUUUUCAGAAGGCUUCAGAUCAGCAAAAUUACUCUCAGGGAAGAUAGUAAAUCUUUACCAACUUUCUAGCAAAAGACUAUCGCAACAGGAUCAUUAUGAUUUUGGCAUGAGAGCUAUAAAAACUGUAUUAAUAAGAGUUGGUCAAAGGCGUCAAGAGUUGAAACUACAAUACAAUAAAAAAAGGUUUUCUGCAAUGGAGGAAACUCUAAUCACAAUUGACAUACUGAAAGAAGUGAAUUUACCAAAGUUAAUUGCUGACGAUGUUCCAGUAUUUGAGGAUAUUAUCAGAGAUCUCUUUACAGAAACGGAAGCUCCAAAAGUAAAUCCUAAACGAUUAGAGAGUGCAAUAUAUCUUGCAAUACAGCAUUUAUCUUUGCAGCCUUGGGAAAAUCAGAUAGAGAAAGUUAUACAACUAUACAAUCAGCUUAUGGCUCGUGUUGGUGUGAUGCUUGUAGGCCCCACAGGUGGAGGAAAAACUACCAUCAGAACAAUUUUAGAAAAAGCCUUGAUAAUCUUUCCAUUAGUUGAUACGGAAAGUGCUACCAAACUUGAUGUUUUUCAGAGUAAUUCAAAGAGAAGCAAAGUGGAUACAUUUGUUGUAAACCCAAAGUGUGUUACUAUUGAUGAACUCUUUGGACAGACAAAUCCUAGUACAAUGGAAUGGUCAGAUGGAUUAUUAUCAUCAACAGUUCGAGGAUUUGCCAAACUUGGGAUCAAAAAAGCUAAAAGAAAAGAUCCAAGCCUUGGUAUAAAUUCAGAAAUGCAGGAUUUAUAUACACUGAAUACAGUGACUAUAGCUGAUGCAGUUGUGCCUGAUGAAAUUGUACAAUCAACAGAGAAUAUUCAAUGUGAAACUGCUGUUGACUGGCAGUGGAUUAUCCUGGAUGGCCCAGUAGAUCCACUUUGGAUAGAAAACUUAAAUUCUGUGCUAGAUGACAGCAGAACAUUAUGUCUUGCUAACAGUGAAAGAAUUUAUCUAUCACCAGCUUUCAGAGUGAUAUUUGAAGUGGACAGUGUGUCUCAAGCCAAUCCAGCCACAAUUAGUAGAUGUGCCAUGGUUUACGUGGACCCUGCUGAUUUGGGAUGGGAGCCUUAUGUCAAAACAUGGCUGCAAGGCAUUUCUGAAAUAAUACCAGAAAAUAGUAUUGAAUAUCUUGAAAGUUUGUUUCACUCAAGUAUAAAGAUAGGGUUAUCUUUUCUAAAUAAACAUAAGAAAAUGCAAGCAUUUCCAGUACAUCAGUUGGGGAUAGUAAUGAACAUUUGCAGAAUUAUUGGUUCAUUUAUUCAUGUAAUGAAACUAAGUCAAGAAUCACAAGAUAGUAAGAAAAGACGACAAAGCAGCACAGUGAGUUUUUCAACAGUAAACCAGAGGGAUUCUCCACAAUUUUUUCAUUCAUUCAGUUCAUUCAGUGGAACAGUCCCAUCAAUAAUGAAGAAAAGGGGCGGUGAGAUAUGGUUUUGGGAAAAGGAGCCUAAUAAAAUGCUUGUAUUAUUGGGGAAAAUUUUCAUAUUUGCAUUUACUUGGGCUGUUGGAGGAAUUUUAAAACGAGAAGAAGAACAUGAAGGUGAAACUCUCAUUGAUAUAAACACUAGCCAAGAUGAACUUGCACAUGUAACAUGUGACUUCAAUUACCUUGUUCGUGAGUUAUUUGACAAAAAACCACCUACUAAUAUUCAGAUGCCAUCUGGAGAUAAAACUGUUUUUGAUUAUUUUGUGGAUUUACAAACAGGAGAAUUUGAACCAUGGGGACAUUUAGUUCCUAGCACACAAUUUCUUAUCCAGAAAGAGACAUCAGAUCUUUCCGAUUCCGAUAAUAACAUGUUAGAAAAUCAAGAAAAGACAAUAGAGACCUCUGCAUUUAUUCCUAAUAUUGAUACAAUUCGUCACAGCUUCCUAGCAAGUCUUCUUUUAUUGUCAAAACAUCCAGUACUGAUUAUAGGCGAUCCUGGCAGUGGAAAGACUACUAUGAUAGAUAAUAUGCUUGGAAGACUCCAAAAAGAUGGAUUAAAUAUAAGGAAGAAAACAAUAUUAGGAGAGGUCUUUUACUACAACCAAACUAAAAUAACAAGCUUGAUGAGGAACUACAGUAUACUAAAAACAGAUCAAUUUCGUAGCUCUUGGAAAAUAACACAUUCUUCAACCAAAGAAUUACUUUCAGCUCUCAGCUCAAUAAGAGAGGAUUCUGAUAUAGAAGAACCAUCUUCAGGGCCUAUCAUCUGUAAAUUACAAUUAGGUGCCCAUACAAGUGCAGCUCAAACGAAGAGUUUGAUCACCCAGAAAUUAAUACUGAAAAGUAAAGAUGUCAUGGGUGCUCCACAAUCUAAACAAGCACUACUGUUUAUUGAUGAUCUGAACAUGCCAAUCUCAGAAGAAUAUGGAUCCAAGCCACCAUUAGAGUUCAUCCGUCAGUUUGUGGAGUUGGGAGGAUUUUAUGACAUUAAACACCUUGAUUGGAAACAUAUUCAGGACAUUGCCACAGUUGCAUGCUGUACACCUCUAAAUGUAGGAAGUAAUGAGAUUAGUACUCGUCUUCUGUCCCAUUUUUGCAUCUUAGUUUUGCCUGCAACUUCCUUACAGUCUUUGCAACGUAUUUUCCAGGUACGUCUGGGAACAUACUUUUACAUUAAUAGAUUCUUGGUUGAAGUUCAGAAAUGUACAGAUAAUUUAACAUGUUGCUGUAUUGCACUAUACUAUAGAAUGCUUCAUAAAAUGCUUCCAACACCUGCUAAAUGCCAUUACAUAUUUAAUCUACGAGAUCUUUUUAAGGUACUUGAAGGACUACUUCAAGCCCACAAGUCAGUCAUUGUCUCAAAAGAAACAACAGCAUUAUUGGUUAUGCAUGAAUCUACUCGAAUUUUCCAUGAUCGUCUAGUUGAUCUAGCGGAGAAGGAGACAUUUUAUCAGUUUCUUUCAAAUGAGCUCAACAAUUAUUUUAAAAUUUCCUGGACAAAGGAGAAGUUGAUGGAAGAGUCUCCUAUAUUUGUAGAUUUUCUAGAUUAUACUGUACCUGUAGAUAAGAGAAUUUAUAGAAAUGUCACUAGCCAGAAGGUUCUUCUUUUGACAUUGGAAGAAUAUUAUGUGAGAAUGCAAACAAAAGAGUCAGAGAUCACCAUGGUAUUUUUCAAAGAAGCAAUACAACAUGUAAUUAGAGCUGCAAGGGUUUUUCGACAACAAGAUAGUCAUAUGACACUGAUUGGAUGGAAUGGCAAUGGAAAAGCAACCUGUGCAUCCUUAGCCUGUUAUAUAUCUGAAUGCAGUAUCUGUAGGUUAUCUACUUCCUAUAGUUACACCUUUGCACAUUUUCAAGAGGAUAUUAAAAAAGUCUAUAAACAAGCUGGAGCAGAAGGCAAGAGGACCGUUCUUCUUAUUACAGAUUCAGAUAUAAUUCAAGAAUCAUUUUUGGAAGUCCUAAGUUGUAUUCUGAAAUCAGGACAAGUGCCCAACCUAUUUGAGAAGGAUGAGUUGAAUAACAUUAUUGAAUCACUUACAUCAGUUUCUGAAAUGACUAAGGAUUCCAACAAAUUGGAUGAUAUGUAUUCUUUCUUCUUACAGAGAGUACGCCACAACCUUCAUAUAGUUUUGACAGUAAAUCCUACAGGACUGGUUUUCCGUCAAUAUUUACAGAUAUAUCCUGCCCUUGUGAAUUGCUGUACAGUAGACUGGUAUGAAAAUUGGCCUGAAGAGGCACUUUGCCAUGUAGCAAAAAGUUAUUUUAGCCAAAGUGAGACAUUUAGAAAUGAGAAUUUAAGAGAUAUUCUUAUCCCUAUGACUGUUAAUAUUCACAAGAACGCAUCUAUAAUAAUUGAGAAAUACUUGAAGAAAACUAAAAGACACUAUUACAUCACUCCCAAAAGUUACUUGCAAUUUAUAAAUACUUUUUCCACAAUAUUGAGGACCACAAAAGAGAAAAUGCUGAGUGAAAGAGCUUGCUAUCAUUCUGGUCUGACAAAAAUCUUGGAUGCAACUUCACAGAUCGCAAAUAUGCAAAAUGAAUUGCUUGUCCUUGGACCUCAAAUAGAGUCAAAAUCAAAGGAAAUAGAAGCACUUGUAGCUAAACUUCACAAAGAUGCGUUAGUUGUAGAGCAAGUUCGAACUUUGGUUAAAAAGGAUGAAGAAACUAUGGCUGCGGAAACAAAAAUUGUGGAAGGGUAUGCUAAGCAAGUAACAGAAGAACUCAAUACUGUAUUGCCAUCUUUGGAGAAGGCCCUUAGUGCUCUUGAUGCACUUGACAAAAAUCACAUUGCAGAAGUUAGAGUAUAUACUCAUCCUCCUUCACUUGUUUUAACUGUUAUGAAUGCAGUCUGUAUUCUUCUUCAAAAGAAACCAAACUGGGCAACAGCAAAAUUAUUACUUUCAGAUCCAGGAUUCCUUAAAAAAUUGAUUACAAUUGACAAAGAUAAUUUACCAGAAAAGGUUUUUCUGCAGUUAAAAAAAUAUGUGAGGUCGCCUGAUUUCAGCCCAGUGAAAGUGGGACUUGUGUCUGUUGCAUGUUGCUCCAUAUGCCAGUGGAUUUUAGCUCUGGAUCACUAUCAUAUUGUUAAAAGGUUUGUAGAUCCAAAGCAAGCAAAAGUAGUGGAAGCAGAAGAAUUACUGAAUCGUGCACUUAGUAAAUUAGCUGAAAAACAAAGAUGUUUAGCCCUGAUUGAACAACAUCAACAAAAUUUAGAAGCAUUGUAUGAUGAAAGUAUUGCUGAACAGGAAAAACUUGCAGCCCGAAAAAUUCAAACGACUCGUCGUUUACAUAGUGCAUCUAUAUUAAGCACAGCUCUAAAGGAUGAAAUGGAACGCUGGAAAGAAUCUGUUAAUAACCUCGAUCAAAGAUUGCAAGGAAUUGUAGGUGAUGUCCUUAUAUCAGCAGCUUGUAUUGUCUACAGUGGAAUGUUAUCAGCGGGGUAUCGUCAACAGCUAGUCAAUGACAGUUUGAAACUCUGCAGUGAUAACAAUAUUUUGGUCUCUCCAAAUUACUCAUUGGUUAACUGCAUGACAGAAAAGAAUGAGGUCCGCAGAUGGCAAAAUGCAGGUUUGCCACAUGAUCAAUACUCUACAGAAAAUGCAAUACUUGUUAAACAUGGACAACGGUGGCCUUUACUAAUUGAUCCAGAAAGACAAGCUUACAAAUGGAUAUGUCAAAUGGAAGGCAGCAAAUUGAGACAAAUCAGUGCUACAGAUGCCAAUUACUUAAGAACAAUUGAAUAUUCUUUGCAGUUUGGUGACUCAGUCCUUUUGCAGGAUUUUCCUGAAACAUUGGAUUCAAAUAUAAAAUCAAUCUUAAGCAAGGAGAUCUACAAAAAAGGAGGACAAGAAUUCAUUAGAAUAGCAGAUUCUGAAAUUCAGUACAAUUCAGACUUUCGAUUAUAUCUGACAACGCAGAAACCCAAUCCUCAUUUUUUGCCAGCAACAUGCAAUAUUGUUACAAUGAUAAACUUCACUUUAACAUUCCAUGGUUUGCAAAAUCAGCUUUUAUCUGCGGUUGUAAAUAAGGAAAAACCUGAACUUGAAAAACAGUACUGCAACUUGAUGGAAAGUAUAUCAAUUGAUCUGGUAGCACUACAUGAAUAUGAACAAAGAUCACUUCAACUUUUGCAAAGAACAAGUGGGCACCUUUUAGAUGACCAAGAUCUCAUUGAAAAUUUGCAGCGAACAAAGAUUACUUCGUCAGAGAUUUUUCAGCGUGUAGCAGAUUCAGCAGCAACAGAAAUCACCAUAGAAGGAUUGCGUAAAGCGUAUAUUCCUAUAGCAACUCGUGGUGCUGUGCUCUAUUUUGUAAUAUCAGAUCUUAUACACAUCAACCAUGUCUAUCAGUUUUCACUGAAUUGGUUUCAUAAGAUCUUUGUAGACUCUAUAGACAUUGUGCAGAAAAGUGACAUUUCUCUCAAUGAUGCUCUUUCAAGUACAAAAAUAAGUGAAUAUAAGGUACAAAGCGAAGAAACAUUAACGGAAAGUGAAACUGAGAUAGAUCAGUUCAAAAUACAUAUUAAUGACAUAAUUGAGACACUAACAUAUCAUGUCUAUGAGACAGUUUCUUCAGCUUUGUUCAAUAAAAAUAAGCUAUGCUUUGCUUUCCUACUGUGCACAGCAAUCAUGAAAAAUAAUUGUGGUGAAAAUGUGUUCACAAAUAAGCUUGGAUUUAUAUCAGAGAAUGAGUGGAAUUUCUUCCUGUACUCUAGCAUGAUAGCAAACAUUAAACAACUAUCAAUCUCUGACUGUACUGGUUCAUGUGUAUUUAACAAAACUGCUCCAUUCCACUGGAUAAGUGAAAUGAUGUGGAAAGAAUGUCAGUACAUGACUACUCAAAUACCAGCAUUCAGCCUAUUGUGCAGUUCUCUGUCAACAUAUCCUCAACAGUGGAAAGAUUUUCUAGAUAGUGAGAAUGUGUAUGAUUUGAUUAGUACAUGUUAUAGACCAUUAUCACCAAAGCAAGCAGAUUCAGAAUCACAGCUAGCAAGAGAAAGUGAUGAGAAGGAGGAGAGUAUAUCUGUAAUUUUUCCUUGGGAGAAGCUUUCUCCAUUUGAAAGACUUAUAUUGAUAAAAGUUCUCCGUUCAGAAAUGUUAAACCGUGCAGUACAAAUAUUUGUAACUGAGAAAUUAGGAACUAGGUAUUUUCAGAAUGGAGGAAUUAAUUUAAAAGGAAUGUAUGAAGAAUCUGAUUCUACAACUCCACUAAUUCUCAUCCAUACUCAUGGGAUAGAUAUUAUGGCAGUUGUCUUGCGCUUUGCCCAAGAAAUAAAAAAAAGUACACAAAAUGUGCAAAUGCUAUCUCUGGGACGUGGCCAAGGCAGCAAAGCAGAGGAAUUGAUAUAUAAAGCACAAAUACUGGGUGAACAGUGGGCAUUCCUUCAGAAUUGCCAUCUUGCAACUUCAUUUAUGCCAAGAUUAUGCAAAAUUGUUGAUUCCUUUAUCCUACCUGAGACAACUAUAAAUCCAGGAUUUAGACUAUGGUUAAGUUCAACACCAGAUACAUCUUUACCCAUACCUAUCUUGAGAAGAGGGCUAAAGAUAGUAAUAGAAACUCCACAAGGAUUAAAAGGAACAUUACUUCAAACUUUUGGAUUUAGUGACACUGCUGUAGUAACAGAAACUAUAUUUAAUAAGACCAACUGUGGGCCAUCAUGGAAAAGAUUGUUGUUUAGCCUAUGUUUUUUCAAUGCUGUCAUUCAGGAAAGAAAGAAAUAUGGAGUUUUGGGCUGGAACAUUCCAUAUGCUUUUAAUUCUUCAGAUUUAGAGUUUUCUAUCAAAAUAUUGGAAGUGCUCCUUGAGAAGCACGAAAAGAUUCCUUGGACAGCAUUGUGUUAUUUGACUGGAGAAGUAACAUACGGAGGCCAUGUAACUGAUAAUUGGGACCGUCGAUGCUUGCUUAACAUUUUAGAUAAUUUUUAUAAUCCUUCUGUAUUGCAAGAAGAUUUUGUUUAUACUGCUGAUGAGGUCUAUCGACCAAUAUCUGAAGUAGAUAGUUUAAAAGACUGCAGAACCUAUCUACAAUCUCUUCCAGAAGUGGAUUCUCCGGAACUUUUUGGAAUGCAUCGUUGUGCUGAAAGACAAUAUUUAAAAGUUCAGGCAGAAUUAUUUAUUAAUUCAAUUGUCAGUACCCAACCAACAUAUAGCACAGAUAUUAUCAGUGAUAGAAUGGGCCAGGAUGAAAUAGUACUGGAAAUAAUAUCUGAUAUUCUAAUAAGGCUACCAAUGACUGUAGAGAAUAUGGAAGGGGCAUCUACCAAUGAAUAUGUGUCUACAGAAAUUGUAACCCUGAGAAGUUUCAUGUCUGGACCAAUUUGGGCUGCACUUGCAAAAGCUACAGAAGAUUUUUAUUCUAUUACCAAUUCACCUUUGCUACCUGUCUUGCGCCAGGAGAUUGACCAUUGUAAUAAUUUACUAUACUUAAUAAUUCGGUCAUUACAAGAGCUUCAGCAAGGAAUCAAAGGAAAAAUUAUAUUCACUAAAAGAUUAGAAGAACUUUAUAAUUCAAUAUUGAAAGGAAGAGUAGCUGAUCUAUGGGAGCAAAGUUCUUUUAAGACAAAUAAACCUUUAGGAUCCUGGAUUGAUGAUCUCAUUAUACAAGUGAAUUUCUUUGCCAUGUGGGCUGAUGGAAUUAUCGCCUUUAUGCAAGCAAGGUUUAAUGAUUUACUGGUGUUUCAGAGACAAAGCAAAAUACCACCCCAUCUUGAUGAAUAUCCUGACUUUCAUGCCAGUUAUCAAGGACAUCCUAGCUGUUUUUGGCUUCCAGGUUUCUUUUUUCCACAUGGAUUUCUUAUUGCUGUGUGUCAGAAUUAUGCUCGGUUGAAUAAAGUAACAGUGGAUUCGCUUACUUUUACACAUAAAGUGCUUCCUUUAACUCACGAUGAAGAUUUAAGCUUCAAUAGAAAGGAAAGCAUAUUAAACAAAGCUUUUAAGGAACAUUCUCAGUAUGAAACUGGAGUUAAAAUUUACGGCUUGUACAUAGAUGGCGCAUGCUGGAAUCCCAAUACACAGGCAUUGGAUGAACCUGAACUUCAUAGAAGAUAUUAUCCACUACCAGACAUCCAAUUUUUACCACAAAGUAUUACCUUUUGCCCAAGUUACUGUGGUGAAGAAGACCAGCUUUUAUACGAAUGUCCUUUAUACAAGACACCUCAAAGAACAGGAAUGCUGUCUUCUAUGGGACAGAAAAUGAACAUUACUCAUCAGAUAACCAGUUUAUAAAGCAUACAAAUUACUUAAUACUUUUCAUGCACUCUACAACUAUUGUUUCUUUAAAAAAAAAUACGUCACUUAAAAUGGCAAGUGGUUAAAA